CAAAAAAUUUAGGGGGAAAAAAAAAAAGGUGAACGACUGAUCAUCUAUGCAAAAAAAACAAGGCUAGAAAUGUGAUCAAAUUAGGUCAUGGCAGUGCAGUUUUGUGCAGGGCUGGGAGCAUUUCUGAAGACCUUGUCUUGCUUUAUCUUGGGAAGCAAAGCUCUCGGAAAAUGCGCAUGAGAGGGAUGAAAAGAGCUUUUUUUUUUUUUUCAUCCUCCUCUUUGAGCCACCGUCAGGAAAGCACAAUUUCGUGUUGCAUUAAAGUGGCAGAAAUUUUUCACUUAAGCUAAAAGCUGCCCCCUUCACGUUUAACUGCUCUGCUUGCAGAAGGAACGAGGCACAGUUGGGUUUGUGUGAUCUGCUGUACAAUUAAGGUUUAAUGGGUUUAUUGUUUGUUGGAUUGUGGUGCUCACGCAGGGCAGGACGAGGGGCCUGGCACUGAAAGCUGCAGCCAAAGGAAAGGAAAGGGGUAGCAGGUUGUUUGACACACAUGGGCACAGAAGAUUAUGAACAGUGAAGACAAUGAAGAGUGGGACAUCCAUCAAAGAGUAGCAACCUCUUACAAGGUGACGGGUGUGCCCUCAUGAGGCUCCUGUAGCAGCCAGAUCCAGCUAGGAUGUUACACCACCACUGCCGGCGGAACCCUGAGCUACAGGAGGAGCUGCAGAUCCAGGCUGCGGUGGCCGCCGGCGAUGUCCACACCGUGCGCAAGAUGCUGGAGCAGGGAUAUUCCCCCAACGGCCGGGAUGCCAACGGCUGGACUCUGCUUCACUUCUCUGCAGCGAGAGGGAAGGAGAGAUGUGUCCGUGUUUUUCUUGAGCAUGGAGCCGAUCCCACGGUGAAGGACCUGAUCGGAGGUUUCACGGCGCUGCACUACGCGGCCAUGCACGGCCGGGCGCGGAUCGCGCGCCUGAUGCUGGAAUCCGACUACAGGAGUGACAUCAUCAACGCCAAGAGCAACGACGGGUGGACUCCCCUGCAUGUCGCAGCCCACUACGGCAGGGACUCGUUUGUCAGGCUCCUCCUGGAGUUCAAGGCUGAGGUUGAUCCGCUCAGCGACAAAGGUACUACCCCACUCCAGCUGGCCAUUAUCCGGGAGAGGUCGAGCUGUGUGAGAAUCCUCCUGGACCACAAUGCCAACAUCGACAUUCAGAACGGUUUCCUGUUGCGAUACGCUGUGAUCAAAAGCAAUCACUCCUACUGCCGAAUGUUCCUCCAGAGAGGGGCCGACACAAACUUGGGGCGCUUGGAAGACGGACAGACACCCUUACACUUGUCUGCUCUUAGAGAUGAUGUGCUCUGUGCACAGAUGUUGUAUAAUUACGGAGCAGACACUAACACAAGGAACUAUGAAGGACAGACCCCACUGGCUGUUUCAAUAAGUAUUUCUGGAAGUAGCCGACCCUGUCUGGAUUUCUUACAAGAAGUGACAAGACAGCCCAGGAACUUGCAAGAUCUAUGCCGAAUUAAAAUCCGUCAGUGUAUAGGCCUUCAAAACCUCAAACUACUUGACGAACUACCCAUUGCCAAGGUCAUGAAAGACUACUUAAAACACAAAUUUGAUGACAUCUGAUAUCCAUGAAGAGAAGAACUCUGGAGCAAGUCUAGUUCUAUUCCAGAUACUGAAGAGGCUCGUUGCCUUGCACAAAGUAUAUCCUAUGCAAAUUCUGAUUUUUCUGUGAAGUCAGAAGGCAGGUAUACACUUCCUUGGGUUUUUUUAUACCACCCGCUAGAAGGUCUUAAUUUUUGGUUUCUUGGUCCAGGUUUACAAGGUCCAAGCUUUCUAUACAAUGUUGCAUUUAAAAAAAAAAAAAAAAAUUUGCCGUUGGUUUUCUGUUUGUUCUCACCUUACCCGGGCAGGGGGGAUGGAAGGCGGCCCCUCGAGGGAAGCUUUUGAGUCGGAUGCUGAGCGGUGCUGCAGGAAAAUAAAGCUCGGAAAUCAAGGCACCAGUCCUGCAAAAAGGAGACAGAAAGAGCUCCAGAGCCCUGUCUGUUGGGCCCCUCGUGUCUGCCAGGUGGAUGUCUUUGCAGGACAGAGGGAAGAGCUGAUUAAUCGACGUGUCCUCGGGUACUGUAUGAAUGGAAUUCAGAAGUUGAAGGAAAAAUUGCAGUUACCCUGUUCAGUUUGAGGGUCUAUACAUUGGCGCUUUUUUUACCAUUUUUUUCCUAAUUGCUCUAGUUGGGAUGCCCGUAAAAUUCAGGCCCUCUUCUCUGACAUUCCCUGUUAAAUGGGUGGCUGUUUGUAAGUCUAUUUUUACCAGUGACAGUACACUACAGAGAGGCGUGGCCUCUGUAUUUUUUACAUUCACUCAAGAGGAAACAAAUUUAGAUUUUUUUGAAGCCAGUGUAUUCUGUUGCUCAUACAGUGCCUCCUGUGCAAUAAUCUCUCUGUAUUUUCCCUUUAUGUGUGACUCCCCCACUAUUCCCCGUUUAGUCUCAGUGCAUUAUUUGUGAGAACAGGAGCUGCUGCCUCUCUGUAGUGUCGAUGUGACGCUACAGAAGUGAUGCAGGAGUUGCUGUUCAUUAUUACCCCCUGGAUUUCAUGAAUGUAUAACCUGCUUUAUUUCACUUUCAGUUGGAAUUUUUAUCUACGGGUUCUCAGCCAAAUUGUGUCCACUUUAAAAAAAAAAAAAAAGAAAUUGGCCAAACCCUUUUGUUUUAAAAGCAG